GUCGAUAUCAAAUUGAAUUACGAGAUUAUCUUUUAAAAAGACUUGAAGCUGAUCGACUUAGACAAGAACUUGAUUUACUUAAUAUUAAAAUUGAUCAAUUAAAAGAAGAAAAAAAAUGUUAUUCGAAUUUAAUUGAUAUUGUUCAAAAAGCAAUUCCAUUAUUUCCAUCUGGUUUAUUACAAGGAGGUUCGGAUGGUGUUAAAAGUCUUAUAUUAAGAUAUCAAACAUUAGUUGAAACAAAAUCUAGUUUUGAACAAAGAGAUUUUUCUAAAGAGAAACAAGAACGACGACAAAAAUUACAAAUAUUAAUUCUUGAACAUAAUACACGAAUUGCUAAAUUAAGUACACGUCUUGCUCAAUUACAUAAUAAAUUAAAUGAUCUAAAAAAAAAUGAAUCUAUUAAAGAAGAACAAUUAAUUAAUAAAACUGAUUCAAAAAGAUCAACGGUUAAAUUUAAACAAUAA